AUGGGUGAAUACGUCGAGCCCAGUGCGUCCCCUUGGGUGGGCGAGGAGUUGACAAAGCCAAAUGAUGCUGGCUGGUCCGACUGUAUGACCCUGCCCACUCUUUCGGAUAUAAAACACGAGGAAAUUAUUGCUCUGGCUUGGGUCCUCCUUCUCUUUCGCGGGACAGUGCACAGUGAGGAUGGAGGCUUUUCCUGGUUGAAAGAGGGCAGUCUCCAGGGAGGUCCCAUCUCCGAUGUGAUUGAGGGGGAAGGCAGCUCGCUGCGAUCUGCUUUGGAAGCUAUCCGAAGGCGGGGUCAAUUUGACGGGGAAUUUUCGGACACACUCUUGUUUCGAAAUGCCUCCCUUGAGAAUGAAUGGACGUUUGCGCUAGAAGCAAAGCUCGCGCAUGGUGUUGUGCAUGUUCGCGGAACUCCUCAGUCCCCGACAGCCACGCAGCCUGUCGAAGCGGUCCUACCUCAUAUCCUCGCCGACAUCAUUCUUUCAAUUGCCAAUAACCUCGAUCAGUCUGUUGCCGAGGCCGUCCGCAUUGGACGACAAGAGCUGUCACAAUUAUGGAAGUGGAACGGGACAAUGCCCCCCACCAUCGACCAAUGCAUCCAAGAUAUAAUCAGUGAACAAGCGCAAAGUCGACUCGAUCGUCCCGCAGUUGUGUCCUGGGAUGGAGAGAUGACCUAUAGACAGCUAGAAGAGCGCUCAACAAAUCUGGCUAGACACCUUGUUGAUCUGGGACUGCAAAUUGGCAAGGCUGUUCCGCUCUGCUUUGAAAAGUCCAUGUGGACAAUUGUUGGUGUCCUCGCAGUCAUGAAGGCUGGCGGUGCGCUGGUUCUCAUGGAUCCCAGCCAGCCAGAGGGACGACUGAGCACCAUCGCCAGCGAGGUUGAGGCUGGUUUUAUCUUGACCUCGGAGGCGCAGGCGGCACUAGGUGCGCGCAUUGUCCCGGGAGGAAAGCAAGUUAUUGUUGGCCCACUGAACGAUGAGGCCGAAUUUAAAUCGCUCUCUGUGGACCUACCUGUGGUCCCAGCGUCGUCAACUCUUUACAUCCAGUUCACCUCCGGCAGUACUGGCAAGCCCAAGGGUGUGGUCAUCUCUCACUCCAACUAUACUAGCGGUGCACUACCUCGCGCCGAGGCAGUCGGAUACAAAGAACACUCGCGAGUGCUUGACUUCCCCUCGUACGCAUUCGACGUCAGCGUUGACUGUAUGCUGUGCACUUUGGCCAACGGAGGUUGCAUUUGUGUGCCCUCAGAAGACCAGCGAGUCAACGAUCUCAGUGGCGCUAUUCGUAAGCUGAACGUGAACAUGGCACACAUGACGCCAUCGGUCGCGCGUGUCUUGGCGCCUGAUAUAAUGCCCUCGUUGGAGGUCAUCGGCCUUGGUGGCGAGGCAAUCUCCGCUAGUGAUGCGGCCGAAUGGGGCCAGAAGACGAAAAUCGUGAUCGCAUAUGGCCCAUCAGAGUGCACUGUUGGCUGCACAAUCAAUAAUGACAUCCCUCCUGGUCGAUCGUACACUAGUAUCGGACAGGGAGUCGGAGGCACGACAUGGGUGGUAGAUCCAUCCAAUCAUGACCGAUUGAUGCCUAUCGGCACUGUGGGAGAACUUCUUAUCGAAGGCCCCGUGGUCGGUGAUGGAUAUCUCAAUAAUCCAGAGAAAACCGCCGAGGUCUUCAUCGAGGACCCAGCAUGGCUGGUUGAGGGUGGGGGAAUUGUUGUUUUCAUCGGCCGUGCCGAUCAACAAGUGAAGCUGCGCGGUCAGCGCGUGGAACUGGGAGAAAUUGAGCACCACGUCCGAAAUUAUUUCCCCGCUGGAGCAAGUGUUGCAGCGGAAGUGAUCUUCCCCGGAGGAAAGAAAGCUGAUGCCACACUGAUUGUCUUCGUGGCGGAGGAAAAGAGUGAAACGACGGGCACAACCAGCGAGAUCACCUCAUUUUCGAGUUCAUUCCAAAAGCUGAUCGCUGGUAUUGACGAUGUUCUUGCGACAAACCUGCCCCGGUAUAUGAUCCCCGCCGCAUAUAUCCCACUCAAUCAGAUGCCACUCCUGGUGUCGCUCAAGACAGACCGGAAGCAGCUGCGGGCUCUCGGGAAUGACUUGACAAGGAGACAUAUUGCAGAGUUUAGAUCGUCCACCGUUGUCAAAAUAGCACCCCGGACAGAGAUGGAGCGUAAGCUUCACGGCCUGUGGUUGAAACUAUUUGGUGAUGAAACAGAUAUCGGAGUCAAUGACCACUUCUUCAGCCUCGGCGGUGACUCGUUGAAAGCCAUGAGGUUGGUGGCUGCUGCACGAGAGCAGUCUCUUGCUAUUCAAGUCACUGAUAUUUUCCAAUCACCUAUCCUCGAGAACCUGGCCCUCAGAGUGAAAGAGGUGGAGAACAAAGGUCCACUGGAUGUUCCCCCAUUUUCGCUGCUUCCAGCAAGUUGGGAGGCCGAUGCUGCACGGGUCGAAGCGGCUUCGUUGUGCAACUUGGAUCCUAGCGAGGUUGAAGAUGUGUAUCCCUGUACACCUCUCCAAGAAGCUCUCAUGGCCCUCUCCGCUAAGUAUACGGAUGCCUAUGUCGCGCAGAGAGUCAUUGAACUUCAGGAUAUUCAAACCGCCAAACGACUCAAAUCUGCUUUUGAGCAAGUCUCAGCAGAAUGUGCGAUCCUGCGGACAAGAAUUGCCCAAGUUCCACGCCGCGGUCUCAUGCAGAUCGUCGUACAGGCAAACACUCCAUGGCUCAACAGCUCCAACUUGGCAGAGUAUCUGAGUAGCGACACACUCAAGGGGAUGUCUCUGGGCACUGAGCUUGCUCGUUUUGCUAUUGUGGACGACGAGACAUCUGGCAAAACCUACAUCGUCCUGAGCAUUCACCAUGCACUUUACGAUGGUUGGUCAAUGCCUUUGGUAGUUGACCGAGUGAAUCGCGCCUACCGCGGUGAGAGUAUUGGCAGCCCAGCACCGUUCAAGAACUUCAUCAAGUGGCUUGGUGAAACCGACCGAUCCUCCACGGAGAAAUUUUGGGAAACUCAACUCGAGGGCGCUACAUCGCUGCAAUUCCCUCCCAUUCCAUACACUGGGUAUCAGGCGCGUGCCGAUUCUCUGCUAGAACAUUACGUCAAUCUGCCCCGGGCUUCUUCGAGCUCCACAACGAGCAUCGCGACCGCUAUUCGAGGUGCUUGGGGUCUGUUGGCCGCGCAUUACACAUCUUCUGAUGACAUCGUAUUUGGAGAGACCAUGACCGGUCGCACAGCUCCCGUGGCAGCUGUAGAGGAGAUCGAGGGCCCGAUGAUCACCACUGUCCCGGUUCGAGUUUGCAUCGAUCGCAAGGCUCGAGCAUCAAGCUACCUCCAGCAGAUCCAUGAUCAAACAGUUGAUCGCAUUCCUCACGAACACAUGGGUCUGCAGCACAUUCGACGCCUGAACGCCGAUGCUCGAGAGGCCUGUGAAUUGCGCACAGGUAUUGUAAUUCAUCCGACGAUUGAGGAAGUCGAGCCCUCUUCGAAAGAAGAGCCAGCCACCGCAUUUGUUCCAACCAGCGAGGCAGAGGCCGCUCGUGAAGCGUUGAAAUUCAACUCAUACGCCCUUAUGCUUGUCUUCACCGUUGAUACAAAGGGCUUCCUUGUCAUGGCCAGCUUCGAUUCAAAGACCAUCGAUAUCCCUCAGAUGGAUCAAGCGCUUAAACAAUUUGAUCGGCUGGUGCAGCAGAUUCUCGAGGAUCCGACCCAGAAAAUCCAGCACAUCUUCGAUUCCACAAUUGAGACGGAUGUUACAGAGCAAUGCCGUCUGGCCAAGAUUGGUCCAGCCAGCCUCCCUACUGAGGAGGUUUACUCGGCUGCCACAUCUACUUGGAUCGUUAACCCAAAUGACCAUGAGUGUCUUGUACCACCUGGUGGAGUGGGUGAGCUGCUUGUGGAAAGAGAAGGUGAAGUGGCUUCCGGCAACCCAGUUGCCAAUCCAACCUGGUGCAAGCAACCGACGAAGCUGUACACGACAAACCAGCUGGCGAAGUAUACCAAUGAUGGCUCUGUUAUCAUCCUUCGUGCGAAGGACGCACAGAUUGGUCAGCUCCAACCCCGAAACAAAAAGCUUAAUGGUGGUGCAGCCAUAACGACGGUCACGCAGCAAAAGCUCCAACGUGUCUGGAGCCAGGUCUUGGAUAUCCCCUGCGAGGAUAUCCUUUUGGAUGACAGCUUCUUCGAUUUGGGAGGUGACUCCAUUCGUGCUAUGAAGUUGGUCUCGGAGGCCCGUAUGGAUGGCCUUCAGCUAACUGUAACUACGAUCUUUGAUCACCGGUCUCUGUUUGACAUGGCCGAACACGCAGUGGAGGCCCAGCCAGCCGUCGCCACGGCUCAGGAUUAUGCACCAUUCAGCUCACUCAACGUGACCGACGUAGAUGCAUUCAUCAACAAGAUGACCCCAUUGCUUGCUCAGCCUGAUUGGAAGAUCGUGGAUGCAUAUCCAAGUCGCCCGCUUCAGGAGAUCGCAGUCCAAGGAACUGUCCAGCUGCCUCGGUACUCUAUGCGAUACGAACUUUUCUACAUGGACACCGAGGUGGACCGCACUCAGUUGUUCCAAAGUUGCCAGGAACUUGUUUCUCGGAAUGAAAUCCUUCGAACUGUGUUCGUGGAACACGAGGGUGUCUCAUUGGGAGUGGUUGUCGAUAACCUUCCCUGCCAGUUCGUCGAAUACGAGAUUGAAAGUGAUGUGGAAAAGUUCAGCCAGAAACUCUGCGACGUUGAUGUCCAGUCACGCAUUCCUCUCGGAUCACCAUUCUUGAAAUUCCUCUUCGUUCGGCACGUUGACGGGCCCAGCAGCCUGAUCAUGCGCAUCUCCCACGCCCAAUACGACGAGAUCUGUCUUCCGAUUCUGCUGCAGCAGCUAUCGGCAUUGUAUGAGGGACGACCAGUGCCGAAGAGUCUGCCAUUCUCGUCGUACGUCGGCCAUGUGACUCGCACUAAUCUGCCAGCCAGCAUCCCGUACUGGCGUGAUCUCCUUCAAGGGUCAUCUAUGACACGGAUCCAGCCCGAUAUCCCUGUCGUAUCUGCCGCUCACUUCGCCAUCUCCAAGGAUGUCAAUAUAGCCGCGCGACCACGGGAGAUCACAGUCGCAACCCUCCCUACGGCGGCUUGGGCGCUGUGUCUUGCGCGACGCCUCUCCCUUGACGAUGUCACUUUCGGCGAGGUGGUGAGUGGUCGCAACAUUGACCUCCCCAACGCUGACUCGAUUGUUGGACCAUCGUGGCAGUAUGUACCGGUGCGGGUGAAGUUUGGAAAGGAAUGGACAGCCAUGGAUCUUUUGCAGCUUGUCCAGCGACAACAUCUUGAGAGCGCUCAGUACGAAGGAAUCGGUCUGAAGGAAAUUGUCAAGGACUGCACUGACUGGCCGGAGACGGUUGAUUGGUUUGAUUCGGUCGUGCACCAGGACGUUGAGCACGUUGAGGACCUAUCUUUCAUGGCGGCCAGUAGCCGUAUGCAGACUAUCUACCCGCAUUUCGAGCCAUUGCGGGAGAUCAAGGUGCAGGCAUUCCCCAAGGGGGGACUCUGUGCAUCGAAAUUGUCACUGUUGAGUCGUGGUCGGACUUUGCUGUGUCUUUGUUGGAUGAGAUGA